UGAGAGCGGCGUGGCGCCGUGUGCCGCGGCUCUGACCCGCUGUCAGUUGCCCGAGCCCUGUGCUACGGUUAGGACCGCGCAUAAUCGUCACCUUUUACACGAGGACGCGUCGAAUUAGCCACUGGCCCCUCGCGCCGUAUCGUCCUCGGCAGCAAGCUCGUCCUUCACGUGCCCGUUACGAGAUUCGCGAUCGGGCGAAAUCAUCGAUGGUAAUCGGCAUCCGCGAGAGGCGAAAGGCCAGCGAUCGCGCAGGGAGCAGCGAUCGAGAGCGAGUGUGACCGAUCGUAAUCCGACCUCCGAUCGGACCUCCGAUCGCAAGAGAGAUAGCUUAACGUGUCAUUAAGUCCUUAGUAAUCGUUGAUUAUUACGGGCUGUCGGCCUAAUUUUCGAGCGAGCGUGUCCUCUCGUCGGAGGAAUCACGAGUCGCGGAGAAGGGCGGUUCGACUUAAGGGCGGACGUGAUUGGUGAUCCCUCUUCUUUUUUCAUCUCUUUCUCUUCUUUUGUGACGUGAAGAAGUGAACAUCGGGCUUCGAUUUCCGAGGAAACCCCGCGGGUGGCGCGAACCCGAGGAGCUGUGAGCUGACGGCGCGUCCAGGAUGAUCUGGUAGAGGAGAGCGGGCAACCCCCUCGUUCGAGAGCGAGAAAUGGCGUGCGGCAUAUCGGUCGACGCGACCGCCACGAGCACGGUGCUUCUUCUGCUGGUACUGCUUCAGGCGGCAUUAGUUUGGGAGGAGGCAUAUGGCGCUCCAGCGAGGAAAAACGACAUACUUGCCGGUACCGAAUUCCUAUCGGUCUUCAUAAACGGUGCUAUGGCGACGCCUCCACCACGACGCCGGGGUUUCCGACCGCGGGGUAAUCAACACGCGGCGUCGACAUCGGUGGCCGACAGCGUCACUGCCGAGACGCACCAACACGAGGCGUCGAUCUAUCGAAUAUCUCGGAAUCCGAAUGGUGGCCGGCCGAUUUCGGUGUCGAGGCCGCAGACGAACGGCCGUGAGGAGGUCGUCCGUUUUUAUCCCAUAAAUCAAAAAACAUUGGAGAACCGGCAGCAAAAUCUAGCGUCGUUGAUCGAUGAUCUGAGCACGCCAGGCGGCAUAAGCUCGACACGUCUGGCAUCUUCGAGCGCAGCAACGACGACGAUGACGAGCGCACCACCGUCGACCUAUCAAGAUAGGACGAUCUCGAGGUCAAACGAGACCAAUGAAUCCGUUGCUAUCGGCAAAGGUGUCAGUCGACAGAAGGUGAUCGGCGUCAGCGUCACGUCCACGGUCGAGGCCACACCAUAUAAAGUGCGUGUCGAACAUUAUGACAACGCUGAUGCCGCGGUGGUUACGCGACCACCGAGUUUAGAAUCCGCGACGAACAGAGAGUUCACUAAGCAAUCGACUAGAGAACCAAUUAAAAGCACUUCAAGAGAUAUCAACAGAUCGCCAAUGCCGUCGUCUAUGACAACGACAACAACGACUACAACCACGACGACUACAAUGACAACACCAGCGCCAUCCGUUCGAUUUGUUACCGAGGAGCUCAGUAAUAUCGUUUCUGAGUCAAACAGAAGCGAAUUCUCCGUUGAAGAAGACUCGCCGAACACAAACUGGCGCGGUCGCCAUGUAACCAUGACACCGCGAAUUCAACAGAUACCCGCGCUCGCGAAGAAUCAUCAGGACGAAGUCAAUGAGGCAACGCGGAUCAUCGACGUCGACGCGAUCACUCUACCGACGGGGGAGAAUUACGAGCUGUCCAUAGAAAACUCGGAACGACGGGAGUUGAAUGAGGAAUUGCCGGAGAUGUCGGAUCGGCUUCAAGGACGCAAGAUGGGACGUCACUAUGACACGUCACUCUACAAUCGGUCAGGCCCGAAGACAUACAGCCAGUCGUCGAAGACGUACAAACCUCGUACCUACAACGAGCCAGCCAAGAUAUAUAGCGAACCGGCAAAGGUGUAUGGCGAACCCGAGCGUGUGUAUGGAGAACCGGCUAAAGUGUACAGCGAGCCAGCCAAGGUUUACAGCGAACCAGCCAAAGUCUAUAGCGAACCCGCGAAGGUUUACAGCGAGCCCGCUAAAGUCUACGGCGAGCCGGAAAAGAUCUACUCCGAACCAUCCAAGAUCUACUCGGAACCGGCUAAAAUUUAUUCGGAACCGGCCAAAGUUUACUCGCAACCGGCUAAAGUGUACAGCGAACCCAGCAAGGUGUAUGAUUCUGAAGGUCUUCCAAUCGAUCGUCAGCAACAAAGUGGUGAACCCGAUGAGCAGAAUUACGAGAUCGACGAAUCAGUCAGCGUCGGUAGCAAUGGCAACGUUCACGGGCCGCAAUUAGUCGUCACGGAAGAAACUCCAGGUGCAUCCGAGGUCGAGGAUGGUCAUAAGGUCGGCUACGUCGUGGAGGGCAGGAACUAUAGGAAGUACAGAGUUGAGGAGAGGACGCCGGAUGGCUUUAUCGUGGGCGAGUACGGCGUCGUCAGUCAUGAUGACGGUUCGUUACGUGGCGUCAGAUAUACUGCCGAUGGUACUAUCAAUCCUCAGCUCAUUUACGACGCCUUGAUGAAGUUCCUCGCUUUGUGAGCACCGCGAUAAUGAAGAAAAGUGACAGGAAGAAAGACGAAUCGACGAAUCGUCGCCGAUACUGAAGACAGCGAAAAAGUCGCGCAACGUUGCUGGACCAAUUUCUCCAUUUAUAGCGUUGCUUAUUUUAAAAAUAGAAAAAUAAUUCUGUUACAAUUAUGAUCUGUUGCAUUAUUUAAGCGAUAUUUCCAUUGUAAUCAUCUCCUAAACAACAGACUGAUUUUUAAUAUAGCCAACGAUAUAAAAAAUCCAUGGCGAUAUUAUGGAAACAAUUAUUAUUUUUUUUUCUUCAGGAAGAAAUCAAUCGUGCGAUAACAGCAAGUCGGCAAGUUGUGAAUCUCUUCGAUGGCUUCGGCGACGUUGUCGAUGACACGAAUACACGACUGAUUCUUUUGCUCUUGCCAACUCAACUGCCUCAACAAUUAAUUUUAAGGACGAUGCAAUUUAGGAUCUAAGGAAAAGCUCAUUCGACUAAGGCGACCUGCGCGACUAAGGCAGUCCGAGAAUCGAAAGGUCGACCGGAACCAACGCACGAAAGUCAAAUCUCGAUGCUCAGUCAUUGCGAAACAGAUGACAGAUGAAAGUUACUCUUUUGGCAGCGAAAGUACGAACUUGUGCAGUGCUACUCGAUGGCCUUUGACGACUGUGGUAACCGAUCAAAGUGGUUGUCGAACGUUUUUCUUACGAGCUAUUCUUAAGAACCUUUGAAGUGAGAACACGACUACUUGCGAGCCACUAAAAAUGUAUCUCGAUGCGUAAAAACUAGCGCCUACGUGCACAACACGUAUCGGCUUGGACGAUUUUUAAUAUAAUAUUGACAAUGUAAAAGUAAUUAGUAAUUUUUGCAAAUUUCAAAUGGCAUUUAUCUUUGUCUGAGGACACAAUAAGAAAUUUAUAUCUGUCGCUAUUAUAGUUAUAAGAUAAAAUAUAAUGGAUUAUGGAAAUCGUGCUCGACGGAAUUCAAAAUGUUGAAGAGAUGUCCGAUGCGAUCCGAUGCGCAGCUCGAGAUUGAUUUUAAGCUUACACUGACAAUAAGUCCCAUAUGCGCAAUAUCCAUACGUGUCUUUGCAACUAAAUAUCUCAUAUUAAAUGAAAUUCUAUACCCACCUUUGUACACUCGAAAUCCUCCGACUUGAGAAUGUACUCGCGACAGACCCUCGAUCCUUGAUCUCUGAUCUUUGAUCUCUGCUAAGAAAAUUUCAAAUCAGAUUCACGGAGACUUGGAUCCCAAAUAUUUUAGUUGCAGUAAAUAUCUUGGCUAGAAAUGUUUUAACACGCAAAAGAACUUGUGUUUAACACAAAAAUAAUUCCUCAUAUUUUUCCGUAUAUCGCUGAUCUUUCUGUCAACUUUUUGGAAAUAAAAAUCAGAGAUCGAUCGAUCGAUCAAUCUCAAUGACACAAUAAUAAUAAUAUAGUAAGUCUUUUUUUAUAUAUCGAAAAAAUGUUAGUGUCAUGAGAUCUGUAUUGAGAUCAGAUUAAUUUAAUCGCCGAAGGGGAUUUAACAAAUUAUUCGCUAUAGUUAACGCUGGAACAUUUGGAAUUUUCUUUUAACGCUUUUAACCUAAAAAAAAUUUACGUAUACAAUACGAUUCAGAUUUAUUUAAUUGCCUUGUACUUUAAUAAUAUUUAAACAAAAUUUUUUAUCACGAGAUACGUUAUCACGGAUGAAUGAACCGCAUCUGAAUGUUCUAAUGUUGACAGCUUCCGAAAUCAUUGACUGAGAGUCCCCUUUGUGCGCUUUUAUCGCGGUCACGCUUCUGCGAUGAAGAAGUAGAUGAAGAAGUUGCAACUGCCAGGGCCCCCAUUCGAAAAUAAUCGACAGCCCCUAAAUUAACUAGCGGGCCCCGCAGUUGCGAUGGACGGACCGACUUGUCGCGGCAGCGUCUCUACGCGUAUCCUAGCUCUAUAAGUUCCCUAGAUUUUAAGGCUGAUAAAGGAAAUAUCUCAAUCAGCGAGAAGACUUGUUUUUUCUUCGCAGCGUCAAUUAUUUUAUUUAGCAAUUACAACUAGCUCAUUCUUUCACAUUACCUCACUCCUUUGAGAUAGUUCCUCUCGCCACGCAAUAUCGAGCGAGCACAUUCAUAUCCUAAGCGCGAGUAACACUUCGUGAAACUUCGCGAGAAAUAUAUAUGGAAUAUUCUAAAAUCGUAUUUGCUUUUCGUAUAAAGGAGCGAUUACGGGAAGGUAAGUUUCGAGUUGAUCGACGAAAUACAACAAAAAUGAAGAUGAAAGCGGCGGCGGUUAGUCUCUGGGCUGUCGACAGAUAUCUACUCGCGUAUUGCUCACAUUCUAUGUAGACUAUAAAAGUCUUGAUUUUAUUCUACUGUAUUCUCUCGUAUGUACAUUUCUAAAAUAUUUCAAUAUGUUACAGACGAUAUCUAUAAGAACUCUCUCUCGUAUAAGGCAUGCAUUUUAGAUAAUAUUUACUAUAAAAGUACUAUGUAGCGCUGUGCAAGCCAUCGCCAUUUUUCAACAGCAACUUUGUAAUAAAUCCAUUGCCAUAAA